UUCACAGGAACAGCCUGGGAACCUGAGGGUCGGGCGCUAGGACUCCCACUUUCAGAAUGAGACAGAGUGAGUUUUAGGGCACUUGGACAGCUGCCCCUCGGGUCCCGCCACGUGGGCUGUGCCAGGGUCCUGAGGUCUCUGAAGUAAAGCUGCCCAGAUGGGGGGCGUCAAAGAUGGCUUAUUCCCCACCGUCUGGGAGCAGGACGUGGGGCCCAGGUGUGGCAGGGCUGGCUCCUGAUGCUGUGCGGAGCCUGGGGAGCCCCCAGGUGGUGGCUGGCCAAGUACAUCUCCAGUGUCACCCAGCGUCCUCCCCCGAGCACCAGUGACAUGGGAUCAGGACCCCCCCACGACCUCAUCUACAGGAAUUCCCUGUAAUGGCCCUAUGAGGUGGACACAAGCUCGGGAGGACCCGGCUUGGCCUGGCACAGCCUCCACCAGGCCUCCCCGCCCCCCCGGCCCCCUCCACGAGGGCCAGGGUGUCCGGGGGCCACGACCUGCCUUCGCUCCCUGCAGAACCGCAUGAAGGAGAGCCUGGCGCUGUUCGGCACCAUCCUGGAGCUGCCCUGGUUCCAGAGCACCUCGGUCAUCCUCUUCCUCAACAAGACGGACAUCCUGGAGGAGAAGAUCCCCUCCUCCCACCUGGCCACCUACUUCCCCAGCUUCCGGGGCCCCCGGCAGGACGCGGAGGCGGCCAAGAGGUUCAUCCUGGACAUGUACACGGGCAUGUACACCAGCUGCGUGGACGGCCCCGAGGGCAGCAAGCGAGGCCCCCGCUCCCGCCGCCUCUUCAGCCACUACACGUGCGCCACCGACACGCAGAACAUCCGCAAGGUCUUCAAGGACGUGCGGGACUCGGUGCUGGCCCGCUACCUGGACGAGAUCAACCUGCUGUGACCAGGCCCCCGGCAGGCGGCGGGCAGUGGAGAUGGACCCCAAAUGCCCAUCGCUCCAGCCCAGGGCCACUGCCCCUCUCUCCUCUGCCCCUCACCUGGUCAGCCGUCCCCCGCCGACCUCCUUGACUCCAUUGACGCCCUUGGAAAGGGAGGAACAAAAUGGCCUCUGGGGAUGCCAGAGUGGGGGGAAGGUCAGGCCCCGGGUGGGAGGCUGCGUGGGAGGGCCUCGCCCCGUGUCACUGGGUCACCCUGCCCUGGGAAAGGAGCUGUCCUUCAGGGUGGGCUCUGGCGCCCUCUGGUGGCAGCAGGGGGAAUCCCCGCCGAUGGCGCUAACCCAGGACAGGUGGCCGGGCAGGGGCCUCUGGCGGCCACCACAGAGCCACCUUCCAGAGCCCCCAGGCCCACAGCGUCCUGCCCCGGUGUGCAGAGGAGGAACCCGAGGCCCCAGCGUCCCUCUCCUGCUCCCAACAGCCUCUGUAUUUAUUCCCCCGCGUUCCACCAGGCCCCCUUGUGGGGUAGACAUUAAAGAAAGGACCCUGAGGUCGGGGCUUCC